CGUUUAAAACAACACUCUCCUCAAUCCUAAUUCUAGAGAGAGAAAGGGUUCGACUUGUCAUUUACAGGAUAAGAAUCUAGAGAGAGAAAAUAUCUUCGUUUCAUUCUCUUUAUACUUUUUUUUUCUGAGAAAAAAAAAUUCGAAAACCCAAUGGGAAGUUGCAAUCUGUUGCCACCGCCGCCUGAAGAUUCGAUCUUUUCUUUAUCGUACGGACAAAAGGGCAUUUUAUUUUCUGCAUAAAUCCUUCCAAAAUCUUCAGAAAAUAUUCCUUUGGGGGAAAAAAGUUUCUGCCUUUAUUUCCAGUUUAUUAAAUUAUCAAAGAACACAAACUGUGUUUUGAGAAAGAAAAACCUGAUAUUGUUGUCUGUUCUUCAGAAAGUAUUUCUAUUUUAGGAAAGAAGUUAUCUUUUUUCUUUAUCUCCAGUUUCCUGAAUCACCGAAGAAAAACGCAGACCGUUCAAAUUCUCGCCGUUCUUCAGUUUUCUGAAUCAUCAGAGACUAAAAAUCCUCAGACUUUUUGCUUGAUCCAGAUUUUUCCGGGAAAACCCAACGAGAAAAAAAAAACCCAAAUUUUUUCCGGGAAAAUGCAGGAUCAGACAUCAGCAUCGUAUUACCAAGCGAUGAUGGUGGGACAGCCACAGUUCCCAGAGCAAGAACAACUAAAGUGCCCGCGAUGCGACUCAACGAACACAAAAUUCUGCUACUACAACAACUACAAUCUCUCGCAACCUCGUCACUUCUGCAAGAGCUGUCGAAGAUACUGGACCAAAGGAGGAGCCCUUCGCAACAUCCCCGUCGGUGGCGGCUCUCGCAAGAACACCAAACGGUCCAAGAAGAAUCAAGUUGUCAGAGACCCGGAUCGGAAUUCCGGGUCUGGGUCAUCUAGGGUUUUGUGUCAGGAUCAAGAUCCGACCCGGGUGAUAUUCGGGUCGCCGGCUGGAAAUCAUCAGGGCGUGAAGGGUGUGGAUUUGGGCGGGAGUUUCAGUUCUGUACUGUCGUCGAAUCUGCAGCUCGGAGGGAUAGUUCUUGACGGGUUUGGGGAAAACGGGUCGGGUUGGGAUCCGGAUUUGGGUUCGCGGCGGAGCGACUCGGCCACCUCCGGAGGCGCUUGGACUGAUUUAGCGAGGAAUAGUGGAGACGAGCUGAAAGGGUAGUUUUGUAAUUUUAUGUCCGAGAUUUUGUGCGAGGAGAUUGUCGGUCACUUUGGUAAUACUCGAAUUAUAAUUUAUCGGGUAAAACUUGUAAAAAUUUCUAACAAAUUUCUAAACUAUUUUCUA